AUGAGCGCCGGAGAGGCCAAGGAGUAUCUGGCCCGCAGGGAGAUCCCGCAGCUUUUCGAGAGUCUGUUGAAUGGAUUAAUGUGUUACAAACCUGAUGACCCGAUUGAAUAUUUGGAAAGCUGUUUGCAGAAAGUAAAAGAGCUUGGAGGGCCAGAAAAAGUGAAAUGGGACACUUUUGUCAGCCCAGAAAAGAAGACCCUGCCUCCACUCAAUGGAGGACAAUCCCGGAGGUCUUUUUUCAGGAAUGUGAUGCCUGAUAACUCUAACUUCCCAUACCGACGCUACGACCGACUGCCUCCGAUCCAACAGUUUUCCAUAGAAAGUGACACUGACCUUUCUGAAACUGCUGAGCUAAUUGAGGAGUAUGAUGUGUUUGACCCUGCAAGACCUCGACCAAAAAUUAUCCUUGUUAUAGGUGGCCCAGGAAGUGGUAAAGGAACACAGAGUUUGAAAAUAGCAGAACGUUAUGGAUUUAACUACAUAUCAGUUGGUGAAUUGUUAAGGAAGAAAAUCCACAGCACAAGCAGCAAUAGAAAAUGGAGCCUGAUUGCCAAAAUAAUUACUACUGGAGAACUGGCCCCUCAGGAAACAACCAUAACUGAGAUAAAGCAGCGAUUAAUGCAGAUCCCUGAUGAAGAGGGGAUAGUGAUUGAUGGAUUUCCCAGAGACGUGGCCCAGGCAAUCUCCUUUGAGGACCAAAUCUGUACCCCAGAUUUGGUGGUGUUUCUGGCAUGUUCCAGUCAGAGGCUGAAAGAAAGGCUACUGAAGCGUGCAGAGCAGCAAGGGAGACCUGAUGAUAACCUGAAAGCCACCCAAAGAAGACUAAUGAAUUUCAAGCAGAAUGCAGUCCCACUGGUUAAAUAUUUCCAGGAAAAAGGGCUGAUUAUCACAUUUGAUGCAGACAGAGAUGAAGAAGAAGUGUUCUCUGACAUAAGUUCAGCAGUUGACAAUAAACUAUUUGCAAACAAAGAGACUGCAGCAGGACCAAAUGAACUUGAUUGCAGUCUGAUUAUGGAUUCUGGAGAUGCUGUUUAUACAGAAUUUGACUUUGAAGACCAGGAGGAGGAUCAGUCAAGUUUUUCUGGUUAUGAGAGCACAGGAGACUUUUCAGAAGAUCUCAGGAAAUCAAACAUCAUUUUUGUUAUCGGUGGGCCUGGCUCUGGCAAAGGUAGCCAGUGUGAACAUUUAGCCAAGAAAUACGGAUUUACUCACCUCUCCACUAGUGACCUUCUCCAAAAUGAGUUAUCGUCAUUAUCAGAGAGAAGUAAAUUGAUCAAAGACAUCGUGGAAUGUGGUGAACCUGUGCCUGGCGGUGUUGUCCUAGAGCUGCUGAAGGAAGCCAUGGUUUCCAAGCUAGGGGACACAAAAGGAUUCCUGAUCGAUGGGUAUCCCCAAGAGCUGAAAGACGCAGAAGAGUUUGAGACCAAGAUUGGGGAACCAAAGCUCGUGCUCUGCCUGGACUGCUCUGCAGAAACCAUGAGUAGUCGCCUUCUGAUGAGGAACCAGAGCAGUCAGAACUCUGAGGACACUGAAACCACUGAGGAAAGAAUUGAAAGCUACUACCAAGCAUCAAACCCUCUGACUGCAUACUAUGAAAGCAAGACACAGUUAUGCAAGGUUGAUGCAGAAGGAACACAGGAAGAUGUUUUCCUGGAAAUCUGCAAGAGUAUUGACUCUUUUCUGAAAAAGGAAGAGGCAGCAUGUUCUUUUUCACCAGAAAUGCAGUAA